AUGGACUUGCCACCCAGCGACGGGCUGCAGCAGCAGCACUGCAGCAGCAGCAGCAGCAGCAGCAGCAGCAGUGGGCCAGCAGCAGGUGAAGAGGACCCUCCAAGUGCUCCAAGGGUGAGUGCUGCCAACGCUGCUGCUGCUGCUGCAGCAGCAACAGAAGCCGCAGCAGCAACAGGAGCCGCAGCAGCAACAGCAGCAAUGGCAAAAAAUGAGCAGCCACCAACAGCAGCAGGGACUGCAGCAGAAGCAGCAGCACCACCAGAAUGGACAGAAGCAGCAGCAGCAGCAUGGGGAGAAGCAGCAGCAGCAGCAGCAUGGGGAGAAGCAGCAGCAUCAGCAGCGGUGGCAGCAGCAGCUGGAGAGGGCUCUCCAGCAGCUGCAACAGCUGCUGCUGCUUCUGCUGCUGCUGCUGCAGUUGAAGCCUCAGCAGCAACUAGUGAGCCACCUCAAGCUGCAGCAGCAGCAGCAUCACCGGGAACUGCAAGUCCAGCAGGAGGAGCAGCAGCAGCAACAGAAGCAGCAGCAGCAGCAGCAGCACAUGACUCUCCUGCUGCUGCAGAGGACUGCAGGGGUUUGCUGCCACUGAGCAGCAGCUGUUUGGAUUUGCUGCUGGACCCUUUGCCGUCUCAGGAGGAGCUGCUGCAGCCGCGCAAACUAAGCGAAGCAGCAGCAGCAGCAGCAGCAGCAGCAGCAGCAGCAGAAAGCAGCAGCAAAAGGCAGUGCGUUCAGCUGCCUCCUUUUGCAGUUGAAGGCGAAGCAGCAGCAGCAGCAGCGACGGACGAGGACAAAAGCGACAUCUCGUUUGUUGCUGCUGCUGCAGCGGCAGCAGCAGCAGCAGCUGCUGCUGCUGCUGCUACUGCCUCCGCAGCAGCAGUAGGACUGAGAGAGUCCGCAGCGCAAACGGAGAAGCGAAAAGCAGCAGCAGCAGCAGCAGCUGCUGCUGCUGCUGCUGCUGCUGCUGGCAGCGGGCCCGCAGAAGCCGCAGCACCUGGCGUCGCCGCAGCAGCAGCAGCACCAGCAGCAGCAGCAGCAACAGCAGCAGCAGCAACACCAGCAGCAGCAGCAGCAGCAGCAGCAGCAGAGCUGCGAGAGGCCCUUGCUUGCGGCUACGACGUUUUUCGUGCUGCAGUUGUUCGCCUCAGCAGCAAAUUAGAUGCUGCUGCUGCGCAGCUGCAGCAGCUGCAGGCAGCAAAGGCAGCAGCAGAGCUCUUUUUGGACGAGCUGCGUUCGGAAAUAGCGGCUACGCGUGCUGAGCGGCAGAGGACACGGAGGCAGCAGCAGCAGCUGCAGCAAGAGCAGCAGCAGCUGCAGCAGGAGCAGCAGGAGCUGCAGCAAGAACAGCAGCAGCUGCAACAGGAGCAGCAGGAGCUGCAGCAAGAGCAGCAGCAACUGAAACAAGAGCAGCAGCAGCUGCAGCAAGAGCAGCAGGGACUGCAGCAAGAGCAGCAGGAGCUGCAGCAAGAGCAGCAGGGACUGCAGCAAGAGCAGCAGGAGCUGCAGCAGGAGCUGCAGCAGGAGCAGCAGCAGCUGCAGCAUGAACAGCAGCAACUGCAGCAAGAGCAGCAGCAGCUGCAGCAGCAGCAGCAGCAGCAGCAUUUGGGCUUUCGUGUGUACUUUGACCGGCAGCCUCCAGCCAGCUGUGAGUCUCUAGCGCACUGGAGCUCUUGCAAGUCUGCUGCAGCAGCUGCUGCUGCAGACGCAGCAGCAGCAGCAGCAGAGUCGCCAGCAGCAGCAGCAGCAGAGGCGCCUGCUGCUGCUGCUGCUGCAGACCCAGAUGCAGCAGCAGCAGGUGAUGCUGCUGCCAGCCUCGAAGGCUCUGCUGGCGUUGAGCUGCUGAUGCAGUCUUACUACACGGCCUUAAUGGAAGCAGCAGAUGCAGCAGCAGCGAGGCGGCAAGCAAGCAGCAGCAGCAGCAGCAGCAGCAGCAGCAGCAGCAGCAGUGAGGCAGCAGAGGGAAGCAGCAGCUCAGGGCGAAGCGCCUCGCCCUAUUCUCGAGGCCUCUUUUCUUUUGAAAAGCUGUACGGCGACGGCCGCAGCAGCAGCAGCAGCAGCAGCAGCAGCAGCAGCGAGGGCUUCGCAGGCGCUGCAGCAGGAGCUGCUGCUGCUGCUGCUGCUCCCGGCGAGGGAGCUGCUGCGCUGCAGCAGCAAGCGCUGCUGUCAGCAGCAACUGAAAAAGUCAAAGGAGUUGCUUUUUGCAAAAGCAACAAGUACUGGAUUUGCACCCGCAUGGAGCAGGGCAAGCAGCAGUGCCGGUACUUCAGCGUGAAGCACUUGGGCUUCGAGUGCGCUCGCCGUCAGGCGAUUCUGCUGCGGCAGCAGUGGAAGGGAGAUGUCAAUGAGGAGGUGCUGAAGGCCUUAAAUGCAGCAGCAGCAAAACCAAACAGCAGCAGCAGCAGCAGCAGCAGCAGCAGCAGCAGCAGCAGCAGCAGCAACGGCAGCAGCAGCUCGAAGGAAGGGACGCAGGCGGCUCCAGGGGACCCAGGGACCCCCGAUUCGGCUG